CCUACGGAUCACCGGUCUCUCCCCCCGCCUCUUCCCUGUCCUCGUCCCUUCCGCCCCACACACACCUCGUUCUCUCCGCCGCCGCCGCCUCCGUUCAUCCACCACCAACGCCUACGCCCCAACGCCCCAACCAAACCCCACCUCCCCUUCUCCUUAUAGGAACCCAAACCCCACCGCCACCAACACCGUUUCUCCGCUCCGAGAUCCCAAGCACCGACCCUCCCAAUGGCAGCCGCAUCCUCGCUGCACGCCGCGGCACCGGCCGCCGCCCCCUGCUCCGGCCCCAGAUCCACCACGGCUUCGAGGAGCGCGCGCGUGGCGACGGCGGUGGCGGCGCGGGCAGGACGCGGCAGGCUUGUGGCACGUGCGGCGGUUGCGGCGAAGGCGGAUGCGCCCUCGAGCGCGGCAGCCUCCAAGUCCGACGGUCAUGAGGUUUUGCUGUUUGAGGCUCUUCGCGAGGCCUUGAUAGAAGAGAUGAAAGUGGAUCCAACAGUAUGUGUGUUUGGUGAGGAUGUUGGUCAUUAUGGUGGUUCUUACAAGGUGACAAAAGGUUUGGCUGAGAUGUUUGGAGACCUUCGAGUCCUUGAUACCCCUAUUGCUGAGAACUCAUUUACUGGCAUGGGAGUUGGAGCAGCAAUGAAAGGGCUGAGGCCUGUUGUUGAAGGCAUGAACAUGGGCUUCCUUCUCCUUGCUUACAACCAGAUCUCAAACAAUUGUGGCAUGCUUCAUUACACUUCUGGCGGACAGUUUAAAAUCCCAAUUGUGAUCCGAGGCCCUGGUGGUGUUGGUCGUCAGCUUGGAGCAGAGCACUCACAGCGGCUGGAGUCAUAUUUCCAGUCAAUCCCUGGCCUGCAAAUGGUUGCCUGCUCUACUCCUUACAAUGCUAAAGGUCUAAUGAAAGCUGCCAUCAGGAGUGAGAACCCUGUGGUGCUGUUUGAGCACGUCCUUCUGUACAACUUGAAGGAGAAAAUUCCUGACGAGGAAUAUGUGCUAUGCUUGGAGGAGGCUGAGAUGGUGCGGCCUGGCGAGCAUGUGACUAUCCUCACAUAUUCGCGUAUGAGGUACCAUGUGAUGCAGGCUGCAAAGACGUUAGUGAACAUAGGGUACGAUCCUGAGGUCAUUGACAUCAGGUCGUUGAAGCCAUUUGAUCUGCACACGAUUGGCAACUCCAUCAAGAAGACCCACCGUGUGCUGAUUGUGGAGGAGUGCAUGCGCACUGGUGGGAUUGGCGCCAGCCUGAGAUCGGCCAUCAUUGACAACUUCUGGGACUACCUUGAUGCCCCCAUCAUGUGCUUGUCCUCACAGGAUGUGCCGACGCCAUACGCUGCAACCCUGGAGGAUGCGACCGUUGUGCAGCCUGCCCAGAUCGUGGCUGCUGUCGAGCACAUAUGCCAAUAGGAUGACUGUCUUCGCCUUGUCGAGUUAUAUCGUUGCUGCCAAAAAAAAAGCUUUCUGUUUGUUCAUUUUGCCCUGUAGCUAGGCUAUAUUAUGCUGAAUGCUAUGGUCUGAACAUGUCAUUACUGGCAGAAAAUUCCAGUACAUUCAAGGCAA